CAAAACACCAGCAGGUCAGCAUCAGCAGCGACAGCAUACGAGAGUCACUUUUCUCUGUGCGCUCCCAGUUCGUUUACGUUUUAUCAAACAUAUCCAUGUCUUAGCAAAACCGAAUGCACGUCAUAUGCUCAUGUUUUCAUUUGACUGAACGGUGUACGUUUGAAAGGACUGCGCGUAACAGCCCUGUCUCCAGAUUUGGAUGCUUCCUCACCGGCACUUUAAGAGCGAAACUGACAGAGGGAAUUCGGUGAUGAGUCCUGUCAUCUGUGCCGUCAGUUGAGUUAUUUAUCUAUUGAGGAUGGGAUGAGUUUAAGGGUUAUUCAGUGUUAUUAGCAUUUAGGCAUAACAUUUUGUAAUGCACGAGGCAGCAUUUUCUAGGACACUGGGCAGUUCUUAUGCCUAGAGCCACUCCUGUCCCAUAAGAUUAGACACAAUCACUCAUCGUAGUGAUGUGCUAUUCGUCAACAACAAGGCUAUUUAGGAUGUUUAGGUUGUGAUCAUGGAAACGAUAUCUGCGUGUCUUCACACUCGUUUAUCUAGCUUUAUGGCUAUCAGUUUUAUAGGCUGGUUUUCUGUACAGCAUGCUUUAGUCUGGACAGCACCAGAUGGUCCAUGUUAGCUCCUCAUGCUAGUUGGUUACUCCAUAUAAUUUCAAUCUAGAUGACAUGUCCAAGCGUUAAUGUUAGAGAUUAUCACACUAUGAGCGAUUAUUAUGAGAAAGUGAAGAUUGAGCUUCAGCAAAUGAAGGCGCCCGGAGAGGCUGCGGAGACCGAGGCCGCGGCCGAGCAGCAGCAGCUGUCACCGGCUUCAGAAUCUUCUGUUUCAGCUGAUGUCUCCCUCACUUCUCGGAGGGACAUUUCCAGGAGUAGCAUUAACGAAAGAAGUCGGAGUAAAAGCAGGAGCAAAGGUGACGGUCAUGAGAGACAGGUGAACGGCAGGCAGGUUUCGGAUCUGACAGUGGCAGGUAUAUACCGUGUCAGCAAUGAGCAAAACCUUCAAGUUAAAGGGACGGGGAAGAUUUUCAAGGCUAAAUCGGCGGCAAAUGGUCAAGUUGAGUCAUGCCAGAGACAAACGGAGGAGAAAUGUGAGCAUCAAGAGGAUGGUAGCAAAGUGGGCAAAAAGAGAAGACCAGUGACAGUGGACUCGUCUAAAGCGAAGACAUCGCUCGAAGCGCUUAAACUCAGCAUCAGGCAGUUGAAGUGGAAAGAGUUUCCAAUAGGUAGGCGGACAGCCUGUGAUAUCUACUGGCAUGGCGUCUCCUUUCAUGACAACGAGAACAUCGUUUCAGGGCAAGUCAACAAGUUCCCAGCAGGAAUGAUAGAGAUGCUGCGAAAGAUCAACUUGAGCCGUGCGGUUCGUACCAUGCAGGAACUGUUCCCAGAGGAGUAUAACUUCUAUCCACGCUCUUGGAUACUGCCCGAGGAAUACCAGCUCUUCUCCACACAGGUUCGUCUCCUGAAAGAUAAUGAUUCCACCCUCAAGCCCACUUUCAUUGUGAAACCGGACAACGGUUCCCAGGGCGACGGCAUCUACCUCAUCCGCGACCCUGCUGACCUUCGGGUUAUCUCAGGUUCUCAGGUCAAACAAGCGGUUGUUCAAGAAUACAUCCAAAAACCCCUUCUGAUCGAUAAACUGAAGUUUGAUAUCCGCUUGUAUGUUCUGGUCCGUUCGUUGGAGCCUUUAGAAAUCUACAUCGCUAAAGAGGGUCUGACCAGGUUCUGCACGGAACCCUACCAGGAGCCCAGUCAGAAGAACCUCAGUCAUGUAUUUAUGCAUCUUACCAACUAUUCCCUUAAUGUGCACAGUGGAAACUUUGUCCAUUCGGACAGCUGCAACACAGGCAGUAAACGCACAUUCUCUAGCGUUCUGUAUCGUCUGGGAUCUAAAGGAGUGGACAUCAAGAAGGUUUGGUCGGACAUUAUUGCGUUGGUUAUCAAGACAGUAAUUGCACUUGUGCCUGAACUGAAAGUUCAUUAUCAAGCUGAUAUACCACCAGGCAAACCAGGACCUACAUGUUUUCAGAUCCUGGGCUUUGACAUCCUGCUGAUGAAAAAUUUGAAGCCUAUUUUACUAGAGGUCAAUUCUAAUCCCAGCAUGAGGAUUGAACAUGAACAGGAGGUGUCACCUGGUGUGUUUGAAUAUGUUCCGAGUCUUGUUGAUGAAGAGGUGAAAGUGGGAGUGAUCAGAGACACACUGCGGCUCAUGGACCCCGCUCAGAGGAAACAGUACGGAGUCACAAAUUUGGGAGACGGUUCUCCUGAGAAUGCUAUUGUCGUGGAUGCAGAAAGUGAUGAGAAAGAAGGCCUGGCAGAUUCUCUUCCAUCUCUGUGUUUAAAGCAAGUCUUUCCUAAAUACACCAAGCAGUUUAAUUACCUGCGGGUUGUUGAACGCAUUGCCACCAUUUUCCUGCGCUUCCUUGGAGUCAAAGGAACCAUGAGAUUGGGUCCGACCGGUUUUCGCACCUUCAUACGGAACUGUAAGCUGAGCAACAGCAGCUUCUCCAUGGCUUCAGCAGACAUCCUGUACAUCGACAUCACUCGUCGCUGCGCUGGAACGCUCCCUGACUCCAGAGAAGCAGGGAUGGGUCUUCAGGCAUUUAUUGAGGCCUUUUUUUACCUGGCAGCACGCAGGUUCAAAGCUUUACCCCUUCGGGAGCAGUUGGUCUCAUUGCUGGAGGUGUGCGAGACGUCCCUCGACGGGCAGGGCCAUGGUGAGAAACCACGCCCUCACAGAUCACACACAAACGCUAACCCCGCCUCCGCUCACUAUUCAGCUCCACCCACUCUUAACUCUCCUGCUCUGACGCGCCGACAUCAAUACCAUCGAUGGCAUCAGCCAUUGCAACCUUCUGCUAAGGGAAACGCAGACAACUGACAAUCAUAACCUGAAUUGACUGUUUGUUAGCUGUUCUGAGGAAAAUGGGUAUUAAAGUAAACGAGAAAUAAACAGAUUAUUAUAAAUGACAGAAUGCCGGAUAUGGAUAUCUCAUUGACUCUCAGCUUUGUGCAAUAGUUCUAGUUAAAGAAGUUUAUACAUGGGUCAGAUCACUACUAUAACUCAAACAUUUUAGUGCUAAAUGAUUGGACAAUUUACAUGAGCAUGUGACUUGGGUUGCACUGCUCAUAUACACGCAACCUUAAGGUAAUGCGAGUUGCAUUUGUUGAAAUGAAUCACUGCAGGGAUAACAAGAGCAUCCCAUGAAUAUAUCAGGAACGACGAGAUAACGUGUUUCUUAAAGGGAAGGCAUAUUGUUAAAAUACCACAUCAGAACUUCAGAAAAGCAGCUAAUUAUCUACUGAAAUGGACACCUGGAACUGACUGAGCAAAACAACAUGGGGGCCUUUUGAUAGGGAAGGGUGUUGAUACCAGAAUACUGUAAAACACAAAGUGCACUAAACAGUCACAAAAGUUGUAUUUGUAUCCUUUAUUUUGUUUAUUAAACGUUUUGAGAGAUAUUUCACUGUAUGAAAAAGUAAUUAAAGGUCAAAAAUUUAAAAAGAAUAUAAAGCAGACAUUUUAGAUGAUAAUCAUGUAUUAAUUCCUUAUUAAACCAUCUUAAUUUGACAUUACAUUUAAACUGCACGCAUCUACAUAUAAACUUUAGGCUUGGUAGCGAUGUACUUGCUCAUGUUGAAUAAAGAU